CUUUGCAGCUGAAAAACGGGGCUAUGGAGGAAGCUCUGUAUUCCCUUGUUCAGGCCAUGGAGUCACACAUUGGUGUCCCAAUUCCACUCCUAAGGUUUUACUGCCCUCUGCCGGUUCUCUUCCUCUAUGGAAAGUUUGAUGCCCAAGUUCAAAGUUCAUAGAAAAGACUGCCGUUUCUGUCUAGCUGUGAUUUUUCGAGUAGGUGGCAGUGUUUUCUAUUCUCUUCUGUGAUGGGGCCCUUGCGCUGGGGGAUCUGCUCUGCCGGGAAGAUCAGCCACGAUUUCCUAGUGGCCCUGAAGACUCUGCCACCCGAGGAUCAUAAGGUGGUGGCCAUCGCUUCUCGUGAACUCAGCCGGGCACAGAAAUAUGCCCAGACAUACAACAUCCCCAAGGCCUAUGGGUCUUAUGCAGAACUGGCUCAGGAUCCAGAUGUCGACGUGGUGUACGUGGGGGUGAUCCAUCCGUAUCAUCUCCCAUCCACCCUCCUCUUCAUCCAGGCUGGGAAGAAUGUGCUCUGUGAGAAGCCCUUGGGCAUGAACUCUGCAGAAGUCAAGGCGAUGGUGCAGGCAGCCCGAGAAAAGGGAGUGUUCCUCAUGGAGGCCUUUUGGAGCCGUUUUUUCCCUGUUUCAGAGAAGCUUCGCUCCCUGCUGAGGCAAAGGACCAUUGGGGACGUGGUGAUGGUUCACGCUGAUUUUGGCUUGCCUCUGAUAACAGUCCCCAGGACUACAGAGAAAGAGCUGGGAGGAGGUGGCCUGCUGGAUAUCGGCCUCUAUUGUGUCCAGUUCGCCUGCAUGGUCUUUGAAGGAGAAAAGCCUGAGUCCGUUGUGGCCUCUGGUUUCCUGCAUGAUACAGGUCAGUCAUGGGGCAUUCCGAGUACCUUCUGGAGCCCAGUACAGCUGGUUGUCAAUGGGAAGAGUGAAGAAUGCCCCCUUCCCUCUCCCUCCCAAAAACUGUACUUCCCCAACACCACGGGGCUGCGUUAUGAAGCACAACAUGUCCGGCAAUGUCUCCUCCAAGGCUUGAAGGAGAGCCCCGUCAUGUCUCACGCAGACAGUGAGCUGGUCCACUCCAUCCUGGACGAAGUCCGUAGGCAGCUGGGGGUGUCAUAUCCACAGGACCGACCCUAACUCAUCUUUUGCAUGUUUUUCGAAGCCCUGCAUCUGCAGGUGGAG